UGAUCAUCGUCGCGCAUCGCCGCCGCUUUCUCCCUUCCCGCCUGACCCUCAAUCCGAACCUUCGUGUCUACCUGACCCUCUUGACACCUCUGACAUGGUUGCCAAUGAUAUGUUCCCACCUUGUUCUCGACUGUGUUGUUAUCUUGCAUUCACUGAGUUGCUUCGCUCCAUUUAUCUCUUGGCAUCGGCGUUUGUACAUUACCACAUGUGUGGCAUAUUUUAUUCCUGCCUCUUUCUUUCCUUUCCUGCACCUCAAGGAUGUAUUAUUUGAGCGGACAAAGCUUUUUUCCCCUAUUUUCUCAUUGUUGUUUCUGUGUCAAAUCCUCUAUCUCUAUUUUAUUAGACAUUUUCCCAUCCAUAUUAGAUGAGUUUCGUGGGUUGGUGGACAACUAUUAUCCUCUUUGACGAUCAUUGCGUACAUAGAUUGAUGCGAAAAUUUUAAAUGCGAUUUUUGGGGUCUCAUAC